AUGACCCUGGGCCUGCGGAGAUUUGGGGAGACCCAGGCAGGGGUCAAAGAGGGAGAAGAGCGGCGCGGUGGGAGGGUGCUUCCACGCGCCCAUCCCGGGUCGCCGAAGCGGCGGCCGCCGCCUCCUCGGUGCGCCCCGCAGCUGCCGCCGCGCCAGGCAGCGCAGCCGCGUGCACUUGUUGCCGUCCCCGGGGAGCGGGAGGGGCGCCCUCCCUCUCGCCGCCGGGCCCGCCCGGCACCCUCUCCAGCUCUGCGGGCCGCGCGGCCCCGGGACCGGCGAGAGGAGCUCGGCGAGCGCGCACCCCGGGAGGCAGCCGCACUGUCCCCCCCGGGCUGCGGGGCGACGCGGGCGCAGAGCCCCCGAGAGCACUCACCUGCGGCCGUGGCCCCGCAGCCUCCAGCCCAGCGAGGCGCGGCCCCCCUGCCCGGCCGCCCGGAGCCGGGACGGCUCUCCCGCAGCUGCCAACGCCCGGCAGGCGGGCGGGGCGGCGCUCGGGCCCCAGGGCUGCGCCGCGGCGGGGCCGCCCUCCUGCGCGCCUGCCGGCUGCCGCUGGCUCCGCGCCGGCCCCUCCCGGCCCCUCCCGGCCGCAUCACAUGGCCCGCCCGCCGGCGGCUCCGGGAGGAAACCCGAGGCGCCCGCCCGCCCGCCCCUCGCUCCCCUCCCUCCGCGGGCGGCCGGCUCGCCCCGACUCCCGGCACCGGGCGCCGGGCCCCGGAGGAGGCCGGGUUGCGCCCUGGGGCCCGCGGCCUCGCCCGGGCGCCGCCCGAGGAAGGGGCUGUGCGGGGCUCGGGGGAGGCCCAGGCUGUCCUCCUCCCAAAGCCGCCCACCUGCGGACCUAACAGGGCCCCCGUGUGCCUGACAAGGCGGCAGACGCCCUGUCCUUCCGAGGCCGAGCGCCUGGCCCGGAGCCUCGAGCCGCGCUCCGCCGCAGGUGGCUCCCUGGAAGGCAGCGUCGUUCACAGGUUGGCGCGCAAACAACCUGUUCGCGCCCCAAACCUGCGAGAGCGGCUCUCUUCCACCCGCCGCGCUUGUCCAGUUAGCGCGGACCACGGCCCCAAGCCGAGAAGCCUCUCCCUCGCCCAGGCCUUCAGAAAACACACUCCAGACCCUGGCAGCAGCUUUAACAGCCAAAUUACCGAUUUGACUUUUCUUGCAAUUACCCUGAGUCUCCGCUUUGUCUUUCCUGCGAAGACCUGCCACCCCAAAACCAGGACAGGGGUGUAG